GUGACAGCUGUGCGUGGCUCGGCUGUGCCCAGUGUCCAGUGCUCGGUGUAUGGUGCUCCCUGGACGGUGCUCCUGCGUGUUCCCGGCCAUGGAGGGCGUGCGCUGGGCUUUCUCCUGCGGCACCUGGCUGCCCAGCCGAGCCGACUGGCUGCUGGCCGUGCGCUCCAUCCAGCCCGAGGAGAAGGAGCGCAUAGGCCAGUUCGUCUUUGCCCGGGAUGCCAAGGCUGCCAUGGCUGGUCGUCUGAUGAUAAGAAAAUUAGUAGCAGAGAAAUUAAAUAUCCCUUGGAAUAACAUUCGUUUGCAAAGAACUGCUAAGGGAAAACCAGUUCUUGCAAAAGACUCCUCGAACCCGUACCCCAAUUUCAACUUCAACAUCUCUCACCAAGGGGAUUAUGCCGUGCUGGCCGCUGAGCCGGAGCUCCAAGUUGGAAUCGACAUCAUGAAGACUAGUUUUCCAGGCCGUGGUUCAAUUUCAGAAUUCUUUCAUAUUAUGAAGAGAAAGUUCACCAACAAAGAAUGGGAGACCAUCAGAAGCUUUAAGAAUGAGUGGACUCAGCUGGAUAUGUUUUAUAGGAAUUGGGCCCUGAAGGAAAGCUUCAUAAAAGCAGUUGGUGUUGGCCUGGGAUUUGAAUUGCAGCGACUUGAGUUUGAUAUCUCCCCGUUGAACUUGGAGAUUGGCCAAGUGUAUAAAGAAACACGCCUGUUCCUCGAUGGGGAGGAAGAAAAGGAGUGGACCUUUGAGGAAAGCAAAAUAGAUGACCACCAUUUUGUUGCAGUUGCUCUCAGGAAACCUGAUGGAUCUAAACAGGAUGUUUCAUCUCAUUCUAAAUCAACCCAGAGAGAGUUUACUGUCCUCACUUUUAGUGAUUUAAUAUCAUCGGCUGUGCCUAUGACUCCUGAAGAUCCAUCAUUUUGGGACUGUUUUUGCUUCACAGAGGAAAUCCCAAUACGAAAUGUUUAAAAACAGCUUUUCGUACGAAAAAGCAGACUCCCAGAUCAAGAUAGCUCGCUAGGAUACGUGCUUACCUCUUCCUCCCAAAAUCGUGUCGGAUGGACCGAAGAAAUAGAAACCGUGACGGAAUAUCACAGAGUGCUACACGCUCAUUGUACAGAAGUAGAAACUACAAACAUGCAAAAAGAAAACACUUAAAUCCCUAUCUUUCAGAGGUAACUAUUCCUAAACCUCUUAUAUCUUUCCAGACUUUUUUCUUGGUAAAUGAAUCUAUAUUAAUAUACUUGUUGGGUUUUUUUAAUGGGGACAUAAUAUAAUUUUCUUGUAAUUUUUUUCUCUUAAUGCUAUAUCUACUGUUUAUAAGUGUGCUCUGUGUCUUAACUUUUCGUGGCUUUACCAUGUUCUAUUAUAUGACUAAUAAUAGUUAGGAUGCUUUUGACCAGAGAUAACAAAGAAUAUUAAUUGACUUUAGUAAUCAGUAAUAUUUAUUAGAUCAUAUAAUGCACGGUUGAGAAAUACCAUUAACAGUUUUUUGUUUUUGCCUCAGCCUUUGUUUUGCUUUAUUUGUGGACUUCAUGGUCCUAAAACCUGCUGUUAAAUUCACAGCGUCACUUCUUCAGAAUGGCCACAAAGACCUUUCUCCCUCCUCCCAGCUCAGUUUGAUCAGGGAACGCUCUUCUCAAGAGGCCCGAAAGAUAGCCCCUCAA